AUGCCUUCUUCCUUUGAUUUGCUACCAAGAAGCCUUUUUCUAUCACAAAUCCAAAAAUUCAUUCCUAGAAAAUGGAAACAAAACAUUAAACAAUCAGAAACUCAAAGAAAACACCAAUCCACUUCAUAUAAAUUCCAAGGAUCAAUCCUAGACGCCUUCACCACGGGUGAUGAAUCCAUGGUGGAUUUGUUUCUUACAUCCCUCAAGUAUUUUGCAAGCCAGGGCCAUCUAUGUAAAGCCUUUAGAACCUUCGCUCUCAUCCAAGGCCAUGCCCGUUCCUCUGCUUCUCGUUCUGACUCUAUUUUACACUCCUUAUCUUCUCUUAUGUUGUCUUGCACCAACCUCAAGUCCGUGCCACAGGGUAAACAACUUCAUGCCCACAUCAUCUCUUUGGGUCAUGAACAACACCCUGUAUUGGUUCCGAAACUGGUUACCUUCUACUCAGCCUCCAGUUUCCUGGGUGAUGCUCAUGUUGUUACAUUAAAUUCAAAUAUAUUGCAUCCUCUACCUUGGAAUGUACUUAUUUCUUCAUAUGUUAAACAUGGCCUUUGUGCUGAGGCUAUGCAUGCCUAUAAACAGAUGGUAGGCAAGGGGAUUAGACCUGAUAAUUUCACUUACCCGUCUGUUCUUAAGGCUUGUGGGGAAGAACUCAAUCUGGGUUUUGGGAGGGAGAUUCACAUGUCUAUUGAUGCUAACAAUAUUGAGUGCUGCUUGUUUGUGCACAAUGCAUUGGUCUCCAUGUAUGGGAAGUGUGGGGAAUUAGACAUUGCUCGGAAGCUCUUUAAUGAAAUGCUGGAAAAGGAUGCUGUAUCUUGGAACUCAAUGAUCUCUGCAUAUGCCUCUAAGGAUAUGUGGACUGAAGCCUUUGAGCUUUUCGAAAGCAUGCAGGCUGAUGGCGCAGAAUUGAAUAUCGUAACCUGGAAUACCAUAGCUGGAGGGUACUUAAGAACAGGUAAAUACAAGGUAUCACUUACUUUGCUUUGUCAGAUGAGAACCUGUGGCAUUCAGUUGGAUUCCGUCGCGGUAAUUAUUGGUUUGGGUGCAUGUUCCCACAUUGGCCAGUUAAAAGUGGGAAAAGAGAUUCAUGGUUUAGCAGUUCGUAAUUGUUCCGAUGGGUUUCCCAAUGUAAAAAAUACAUUAAUUACUAUGUACUCAAGGUGCAAGGACCUCGGGCAUGCAUAUAUUUUGUUCCGUUUAAUAGAAGCUAAAACUGUAACUACUUGGAACUCCAUCAUAUCUGGUUAUACACACUGGGAUCGAUCUGAGGAAGCCUCCUUUCUGUUUAGAGAAAUGAUGCUUUCUGGUACCGAACCAAAUUACGUGACAGUUGCAAGCAUUCUUCCCCUCUGUGCUCGAGUGGCAAAUCUGCAACAUGGUAAAGAGUUCCAUUGCUACAUUACCAGGCGUGAAGCGUUCACCAAAUAUUUGUUAUUAUGGAAUGCUCUUGUGGAUAUGUAUGCAAAAUCAGGAAAAAUUUUACUAGCCAAAAGAUUGUUUGACUUGCUGAGCAUAAAGGAUGAAGUGACUUACACUUCAUUAAUGGCUGGUUAUGGGAUACAAGGAGAGGGACAAGCUGCAAUAGAACUAUUUGAAGAGAUGAACAGGUUCCAGAUAAAACCAGACCAUGUAACGAUGGUUGCCAUUUUGUCAGCUUGUAGCCAUUCGGGUCUUGUAGUCCAUGGUCAGAUGCUAUUUGAAAAGAUGCAAGCUGUCUAUGGUAUAACUCCUCGUUUGGAGCACUUUGCUUGCAUGGUGGAUCUUUUCGGGAGGGCUGGUUUACUGAAAAAGACAAAAGAAAUUAUCUCAGCUAUGCCUUACCAGCCAACUCCUGCAAUGUGGGCCACUCUUAUAGGAGCAUGUCGGAUCCAUGGAAAUAUGGAAGUAGGGGAGUGGGCAGCCGAAAAACUAUUGACAUUUCGGCCGGAAAAUUCAGGAUACUAUGUGUUGAUUGCUAAUAUGUAUGCUGCUGCCGGGUGUUGGAACAAACUAGCACAGGUAAGGGCUUUCAUGAGGGACUUGGGUGUGAGAAAGGCUCCCGGCUAUGCAUGGGUUGAUGUUGGUGCUGGAUUUAUCCCCUUCUUGGUGGGGGACAUGUCAAAUUCACAAGCAAUUAAAAUCUACCAUUUGUUGGAGGGAUUGGCUGAAGAAAUGAAAGACGCUGGUUAUGCUGCCUGCGACGAGUUUGAAUUAGAGGAUGAAGUCUCUGAGAAAUAG